CCGCACAAAUCGGACCAAACCCAACAAACGAGUUCCACUCUGUCUUCCCUUUUUUAUCCCCAAAAUCAACCCUAAUUUAUUCUUCUGCAAUAUCACACUUCUAUUUCACCCUCUCCUUCACCAAAGGAAAGGGACAUAGAAGAAACCCUAAUUUUUUUUUAUAAAAAAAAAACAAGAAGCAAACACUAUUACACACGUUUUGAUCUCCUAAACACUUCAGUUUAUAUAUCCCGAAAUGGGUCUUAAACUCUUGUUCGUCUUUGCCCUUUUGACCUUAGCCAUGGUGGCUGAGUCAGCUAACGCGUCAUGGCCGUUGACCAAAUCUUGCGUCAAUGGCGAGGGAUGCAUUGGAGAUGAAGACGGGGUAGAGACUCUGAUGGAUUCAGAGACUAACCGCCGCCAGUUAGCACAGGGGAGACGUUACAUAAGCUACGGCGCUUUGAGAAAGAACAACGUUCCAUGCAGCAGACGCGGUCGGUCUUAUUACGACUGCAGGAGGAGGAAGAGAGUGAAUCCGUACAGACGUGGUUGCAGUGUCAUUACACAUUGCGCUCGGUUCACCUCUUGAUAAAUCGAACCGAUCAAGAAAUCGUGUUCGAAAAAAUUCGAGGGGAGGGAAGAGAUCGUGAUUUCGUGAUUUCGUAAUUUCCAUAUCGAAAUGGACAUAACUUGAUAUUGCAUGCAUAAUGUUUUUAAGUACGUACGUACCAUGUUUUUUUUUUUUUUUUGUUAUGAUCAUGCAUUUGCACCUUCUGGUUAUCUGUUUUUUUUAAUGUGUCGUUUUUUUUUCGGGGUUUUUUUUUGGGAUAUUCUGGUUUUGUUUUCGUCGUAUAAUUAAGUGAUUAUCUAUAUGUUAAUUAUAUAAUUAAACAUGUGUUUGUGAAAAUCGAGAGCAAAUGGAUCAUCUUCUUGUUUCUUUCUUUCAUGUUCCAUGUGUGUAUCUUUUAUUGAUCACGUUUAUUAUACCAUUGUAUAGUAUAAUGUACGGACACAAUUUAUUUAUGUAACUUCCAUGUUCGUAUAAAAAGCUUAAUUUAA